GGCAUGGUCACCUCUCUUCCGGCUUUAUAUUUACAAGAUCCUAUUUUUGGCCACUCGAUUGCACCAACAGAAAAGUGCAAAUCCAGAAAUAGAGGAAACCUCACAGGAAUGGAGGAAAGGGCCUGGGACUCUGCCAUAUAACAAAUCACACUAUUGACUCAUCUAGAUCUCCAUCUUGGCUCUGCUGACUGACAGCACUGCUAAAGUGGAAUGGAAGCAUCCUGGGUUGAUCUGAGUUUUUGUACCUUAAAAAAAAAAGUCCUCUCAUUUAAAUGCAUUGCCUACUUCUUGCCCCUCAGACUCUUGGAGGCAGAUGUAAACAAGAGCCCAGACUUUGGUAGGAGGGAGCAAAGAAUCCCUUCUGCCGCCAUGGCCAAGACACACUGCGCUUUCUCUUUCUCUCUCUCUCUCUCAUUUGCAGAAGCCUCCUCUGGCAGCUACAACAGACGGGUCUCCGAAGGACACGCUCUGGAAAGGAUAGGAUUGCCAGGUUCCAUAUGGCUGUUAUGAAUCAAACAUGACAGACGGUGCACAGGCAGUAAGCCUCUUCCCCGGAGUCAGGGGCCUCCUUAUCAGCUGGCCUUCGGAAGCAACAGUGGGGAAUACGAUAUUUUGAGCACAAGGAAGCAAAAGUUAUGGCUAGGUGCCUGGUGUGUGAGGAGUCAGGCGAGCUGAUUUCUGGUGCGUCAGAGCCCAUCCUCUCCCCUGUUUGGAAGUGCCGUAGGUUUGCCAGCCUUCACUUAGCACUUAAACAAAUAAAUAAAACCCAGAUCACAAAUAAGUCAGGUAAAACGCACGAGGGCAAAAUGACAAUUAAUAUUCUAGUGAAUAUUACGGUAGUCAACAGAAGGUGAGAAAUACAUCCCGACCCAUCAACGCCCCCUGGUGUGUGUACACAAACAGGAGCUGUCCUGUUGCGAACAGCUGGAGCCGGGUGGGCAGAGGCUGUGAAAGGCACAGAAGCGGGGAAACAGUUUCACCUGGCUGUAAGGCAGUAAUGUAAACACUCCUUUCAUGCUUGAUGCCUGGCGAUGGCUCCCUUGCCUUGCCACCUGUGUGCUGCAGCCUUGUACCAUUUUUUUGCGAGGGAUGAUGAGUCUGGAAGGGGGGGAGGUGUCUGAGCCCCCGAGGAGAUCAAGGGCAGCUGUGUGCCUCUGUGCCCAGAUGAGGAAGGGGCUGCCCAGCCCAGCCCUGUCUCCAGCCCGCCUGAGGCACACCUGCCCCACCUGUCAAGAGAGCAAACAGGUGACACGUAAGCUGCUGGCCGGGCUGUGUGCGAAGCAGGUGGGGCCCCACCGGCUGCUGCGCCUCUGCUAGCUGGGCUGGGGAGAAUGUGCCUCGGGCAAGAGCACGCUGCUGCUGCUGCUGUGGUGUUGCUGUCCAGAGGGGAGAGGCUGUCCUCAGAGUUCUCACGAUGUCUGAUGGGGACUACGAUUACCUAAUCAAAUUCUUAGCCCUGGGUGAUUCUGGUGUGGGGAAGACCAGUUUCCUUUAUCAGUACACAGAUGGCAAAUUCAAUUCCAAAUUCAUAACAACUGUUGGCAUCGACUUCCGGGAAAAGAGGGUGGUGUACCGAUCAAAUGGGCCAGAUGGCAUUAGUGGUCGAGGACAGAGAAUACAUCUCCAGCUGUGGGACACAGCUGGGCAAGAAAGGUUUCGUAGCUUGACGACCGCCUUCUUCCGAGAUGCAAUGGGCUUCCUUCUCCUCUUUGAUUUGACCAACGAGCAAAGUUUCCUCAACAUCAGAAACUGGAUGAGCCAGUUGCAAACGCACGCCUAUUGUGAAAACCCUGAUGUGGUCCUGUGUGGAAACAAAAGCGACCUGGAAGAGCAGCGGGUGGUGAAAGAAGAGGACGCAAAGGAACUUGCAGAGAAGCAUGGGAUCCCUUAUUUUGAAACGAGCGCUGCCAAUGGGGCCAACGUGAGCCAGGCCAUCGAGACGCUUCUGGACCUCAUCAUGAAGCGAAUGGAACGGUGUGUGGACAAGUCCUGGAUCCCAGAAGGGGUAGUGCAGCCUAAUGGGCACAGCUCCACAGAGCAGCUCAGUGAGGAAAAAGAGAAAAGCAAGUGUAGCUGCUGAUCAAUAGAGACGCAACUACAACAUUUGAAAUUAAGCUAUGAUGAUAUUAUGGCUGAAGCUUAAUAUGAAUUUUUGGACCACCUCUAUAUGUAGACAUAGAUGUGUGAUGAUCAGCUCUGCUAAGCACCAGUUUACUAUCAAACAACACCGACUUGUGCUUUGCAGCCGUUUCCCUUAUUUAGUUACUAGCUAGACUGGGCUAAGUUUUCAGGAUUUAGACUGGCUGCUCAACAGCAAGUGUUAUUUCCUCUAAGGACCCAAAUUCCCUUGCUGCAACAACAGAAAUGGGCGGGUGGGCUAAAUUGGCCAGAGGAAGCAAGUAAUUUGUUCUUCGUUACAGGAAAUGUUCUGCAUUUUAAUGUGUUAAAAAUAGAUAAAUAAAUCCUUUGUUAUCAAUAAUAGGGAACCGGCAUCCCAUCUCCACCUCCGGAUGUUGCUAGACCAACAGUUCUCAUCAUCCCUGACUCUGCUGAGGCUGAUGAGAGCUGCAGUCCAACAACAUCUGAAUGACAACUGCUCCCCUAUCUGUUUUUAGAGACAUCAAGCUGGCCCUUGCAACAGGACCAAACUCUGCUACCUUUCAGAGUUAGUAUUGCUAGAAUCCAGAUGUGCUAUUCUGCCUAAGUAGGUGGAGCAAGAGUAUAUUGCAUGUAUACGGAUGCAGAAGUGUCAUAUGUAAACUUUCUUGUUUUGACAGGAAUAGAGGGCAAGCUAAUGCUUUGUGCUAAAUAUCUUUGUUUGGAAAAAGUCUCCUUCACAGUCGGACUGAAAAUAUUAUUACUGACUCUUCUGGCGAGGUCUUACUCUGUUAAGCGACAACUCUUGGCUUAUACACCUGCCGUCUGUGUUUCCUUGCUUCAGUAGAAUCCAGACUCAUUUGCUAUGAUUCUGCAGCUAGCUUGCU